CAGCACGCGAGCUUACGGCGGUUCUUUUGACUCCGCGGUUCCGUAGACUUGGCAGUCAGAACGAGCUUCCGGGCCCAGGGCUGAACGGGCCAAGUUCCAUGAACCGUAAAGGUGGCUUCUGCCGGAAAAGGAGGACAUGCAGCCCUGUAUAUCCUAGCCAAAGGACGCUCUGGUCCUUUUCAAGCUACUCAGCUAUGGGAUGGUAUUAUUCACUCUCUUCAGGCCCAAGUGAAAAUAAAAAGAAGGAGGCAUCGUUUACGAACAUACGAAGACUGUUUUACUGGUUCUGAUGCUGUCAAUGUGGUCUUAAGUCGUCGUAUGCAAAAUACAUGCCUAAGUAGCAGUGACACAUCUCGUCUUAAAGGAGUUCGUCUUUGCCAAGUUCUAACAAAUCACAAAGUAUUUGAACCAGUAGGAAUGAAGAAGCUUUUCAAAAAAGAAAAGGAAUUGGAAUUUGAAGAUUCCAAAAGUCUCUACACGUUUCUAGGCAAUAAAUCAUCUUACAAUUGUUGCAAAAGACAAAAGGAUGCUGAGAAUGAGUUCAAUGAUGAAAUAAAACCAAAAGAAACCUUGAAACCAGAAUAUGAAAUGAUUUCAAAUCCUCUAGCACAAGAGAUUGGUGAGGAAAGAAUUGAGGAACUUAUUCAUACAAUAAAUGGGAAUCCAGCUUUAUGUCCAAAUAUCACAGUUCAGAAACCUUUUCUCCGGCUUUCAAAAGAAGGAUCAAUAACUAGCUUAAUGCAGCAAUUGAAUGCUUGGAGUAUUUCCCUGACCAGUUAGUAGUUAUAAUUAGCAGUUACUGCAAAACGGAAAUGAAGAGACAAGAUUGAA